GUUUCGAGGCGGGUAUCACUUCGAUUCCUUCCCUCUCCGCCCUCCGAACCAACCGAUACCCUCGUUCUCACCGCUGGCGUUCUUCCACCUUCAACGUCUCGCAACUUCUUCGUCGACUUUCGACCCUUUUCCGACGAUCCAUCGAAGUGCGAGUGGGCAUUUGCAGGGUACAAGAUCCGGCCCGAAGCCGAUAAGUCUCGAUGGAUCCACCUGAUUGAUUCGCGUGGCGCAGAUUGGGAGGGAGAAGAUGGAAGAGAGGACUCAGGGAUAUUUGAGACGCUGCCCAAUGGCGACGAUUUGGAACGUGGCGAGAUGCUCGACCCGGCUUCGGGAAAAAUCCGACCAUACGAGGAAGUGUGGAGGGACGACCCGUUACCCAGCGACGUUGAAGUC